CUGUGAUGGUUGCGGCGGCAACGGUCUCAAUGUCGGGAGAUGGCGAAGCAGCCGGGUUUGAGCGAGUCAGUAGACAACAUCGAAACAAGGAAGAGGUCUCUGAGUCCAAGAGCUCAAACUUGCGCAUCAUAGGAGGCACUGCGGUGUCUGAGGAAGAAAGGCUUCAGAACUUCCCCUGGAUCGCCAUGUUGGGCGGCUCCCUCCCGCGCUGCGGCGGAGCGAUUAUCUCUGAAUGGUGGAUUCUUACAGCGGCCCAUUGCGUGCUGAAUGCUGCAGAGACACAGAUCAUUCCGGCCUCUGACUCCCAACGCGUUUACUUUGGAUGCUCAGAUCUGCAUUCCACGUCUUAUCCCUGCCAACAAAGGAUAGUGAAGGAGAUCGUAGCAAAUCCAUGUUUCGAUCCUUGCUGCGAUUACCAUGAUAUCGCUAUGCUAAAAGUGGACAAAGCCAUGCCCAAGGAAUGGAUAGGAGAGAUUGAUGGCAGCAGAACAAACAUCCCUGUGCCGCUGUUUCCCUUUGACAUUUCCAAGGAAAAAGUUGUUAUGAUGGGCUGGGGAAGUACAUGUGGUGAUGGCAGAUGCGUUCCUUCAGUGCUACAAAAACUGGAAGUUCCCGUCAGCUCCAUGCAGAAGUGCAGAGAUGUCAAUCCUGUGAACAAUGGGGUCAGCAGUGGACAUUGUGGUCAAGCAGGGCGUUGCAAGAACUUGUUUGAGUACGGGCAUGUCAUCUGCGCGGGCGGCGCUAUGGCGGAUCAGGGAGGAUACGACAGCUGCAAUGGUGACAGCGGCAGCCCGGUAGCAUGGAAGAGCAACACAGGAUGGAGGAUUGUCGGCUUGGUGAUCUUGGGCUCGGAAUGGCCACAGUCUGACUGGAGGUGCGGCGCCGUCGGGCGACACUCCGUGUUGACGGCAACGGCUGCUUACGUGGACUUUGUGAACGCUACCAUCUCGAAGACGUCGUAUGACUGCAACAAAAAGAAGAACACGGUGCUCAGCGCUGCGUCUUCACUCUCUGUCAACAUCAUCUUGCAGGCUUUUCUUGCUGUAGCACCGUUGCUCUCCUACCUGUAAAAACUUAGAACUCAAUAUGUCCGUGCCGCAAGUUAGGAUAUUAUUUACUACAGCAUGUUUUAGAACU